AACAUUUGGAACCUAAACAUCUCUCUCUCUCUCUCUCUAAAAAACUGUAGAGAUGGGGGACAAGGCAACAUUAAGCAAGGCAAGAAUGGAGCUUGAAGACAUGUACCAAGGCAUCCCAGAUGAGUCAGUUAACCUAACUUUCCAGGACUUUGCAGAGCUCAAACUACACCAAGUUACAUCAGAAAAGAAAAAAAAACCUACUCCAUUAUUAUUGAAUCCAAUUUCUCAACUCAAAUCCACCGCACAAGCAUCCUCCCCCUCUCCUUUGACCAAACUCCCCAGCCUUGACUUCAACCGUGCCUUGCAAGCAUCCAGAGAUAACCACCACAACAACGAAAACAAUGUCCCUGUCGGUCCAUAUGACAUUGGUAGUAACAAUGAUUAUAAUCAUCAGCAUAUUGAUCAUCAUAUGAAUAGUCAUCAUGGUCAUCAACGUGAAGUCAACCAUGACAUGCAGCAUGGUCAUGGAGGUCACGGUCAAUAUAUGGGUGGUGGCGACCAUCAUCAUAACCAUCAGAUGCAUCAUGGGAUGCAACAUGGUCAUGAUGGCCAUGCAGUUAAUAAUGGUCAUCAUAUGAGUCUGAAUAGUCCUGGUCCCACGUGUAAUUCAGGUAUGAAGCAUGGAUUGGAGACUAGCUUGGGGGCUUUUGAUCAUGAUGUGAGUGGUGUGAGCGGUGUGAGCAUGGCUUCCAUGUACCAGAAAGAGAGAGGAGGAAUAAGAAGGCCUGGGAUUCCCCACUCUAAUAUCUGCACCCUUUGCAGUACCUACAUCUAUAUUUUCCGCCACCGUUGCCUGGUAUGUGGAAGAGUGUAUUGUAGACAAUGCGUGAUUGUAGGGAUGGGAGAAAUGACAGAAGGUAGAAAAUGCAUCGAGUGUUUAGGGAGGAGAUUCAGCCAAAGGUACAUACAAAGAGCAGGGAAGUUUAGGUGUUGGUCAAGGUACCCUUCCAGGGUGAAGCAAGCAGAGCUCAAGUGGGCUGAGAAAGGGCCGAGAAGAAGUACCGGCAACGGAGGCUAUGGCCGGAGCUCGAUGACAUCGCCAAUAUCAAAAAGCCCAGUGACGCCGAUGACUCCGAGGACCCCAAACAGAGGCCAUGCUAGUGGCCCAAAUUCUUUUGUCAUGAAUAGUUCAUCAUAUUCCCCAUAUUCACCAAGUCAUCGCCACCACCUUCCACUCUAGAGAGUUUGGAGACCACAAUUUAUCCAACAUUCUCAGUUUUCUUAUGGUCACUGAAUUAUUUCCCAAACAUUAUUCUUCCAGUGGUUGGAUUUUUC